GUAAAAUUUGGAAAUUAAAGGUUAUCGACAAUGUCUGCUGUUACUUCCGCUGCCCAAGAGGAGUCCCAGCGGGACCUCCAAUUCCAUGCACAUGCAAUCUCCACCUUUUUCAUGGCACUCCUAAUCAUCUCCUUCACGUUAUUGCUUUUCUUCUGCCUCCACCGCCGCCAGAAGGCCAACAAAGAAUCCAGCAGCCUUCGACUCGCACCCGGCCCGCCGGGCCUCCCAAUCAUCGGCAACCUCCACCAGAUCAGAGGGCUCCCCCACCGCUCCUUCCACCAACUCUCCCUUGCCUACGGCCCCCUCCUCCGCCUCCGGCUCGGGAGCGUCACCGCCAUCGUAGUCUCCUCCCCCGCCCUCGCCCGCGACAUCUUUAAAACCAACGACCUCGCACUCUGCUCCCGCCCCAACCUCACGACCUGGCGCCUCCUCUCCUACGGCGGCCUCGAAGCUGCUCUCUCCCCUUACUCCCCCCGCUGGACCCGCGCGCGCCGGCUCUUGGUCGUCCACUUCCUCUCCCCGCGCCCGGUCCGAGGCCUCUCCGCCUCUAGGGAGGAGGAGGUGCGCACCCUGAUGAACACUGUGGCCGCCGCUGCCGCUUCCGGCCGCACGGUCGACCUCAGCAAGAGUCUGAUCUGUUUGGUGUGCUCCAUCAUGUGCCGGGCAGUGUUCGGGAAGAGGUUCGCGCCUGCGGGAGAAUGCUCGAUGAACGAGAUCGGGGGCAUGAUAUUUCGGACGGCAGAGCUUUUGGGGGAGUUCGUCGCCGGGGACUUCUUCCCAUGGGCUCACCGCUGGCUCAACGCUGUCACAGGAGUGCAAGGGAGGCUGGAGAGGAACUUCAAGGAGUGGGACAACUUGUUCGAAAGGGAAAUUAAAGAGCGCGAACGCACCGGCACUGGCGGCGGUGACGACGGUACCUAUGCCAGUGUUCUGGUGCGCUUACUCAGAGAGGAACAGGGUACCAACGAAGGCGGCCUCACGAGAGACGGCGUCAAAUCUCUUCUCCUUGACUUGAUGUUCGGCGCAACGGGCACAACGGCGGCGACAAUGGGAUGGGCUAUGGCGGAGCUACUUAGGACUCCUCGAGCACUCGCUAGAGUCCAGGAGGAAGUCCGCCGAGUGGCAGCCGGAAAAAGCUACGUCGACGAGGGGGACCUCCAGCGGCUCAGCUACCUGCACGCCGUCGUCAAGGAGAUCCUCCGACUCCACCCGGUCUCCCCCCUGCUGCUCCCCCACGAGUGCCAGCAGCACUGCAAGGUAGCUGGCUACGACGUCGCCGCAGGCACUAGAAUCUACAUCAACGCAUGGAGCAUCGGGCGCGAUGCGGACGCAUGGGAUAAGCCCGAGGAGUUCCGACCGGAGAGGUUCGAGGGCAGCUCCGUCGACUACCUGGGGCAGUGCUUCGAGCUCGUGCCCUUCGGCAGCGGCCGGAGGAUCUGUCCUGGGAUCUCGAUGUCAGAGUCGGUUAUGUGGCUUACACUUGCCAAUCUCUUACACGGCUUCGACUGGGCAUUGCCGGCAGGAGUGAGAAGGGAGGAUCUGGACAUGAGCGAGGUGUUUGGGCUCGUCGCUAGCAAGAAGGAGCCGCUCGUGCUGAUUGCAACUCCGGCGAAGUUACUUUAAUUGGAUUACGUCAGAAAUAAAUAAAUAUAUAAAUAUAUAAAAUACGUGAUAGUAUUUAUUGACGCUGCCACGAAUUGAUCGACCGUCCAUCCUGUGGGACUACGUAUCUUUUAUUAAUGUAUGUUAGGAGGUCUGUCAUAAUUCUACCUAUGUACGUAGGGACGAACUGUUGACGGAUAUGUUAGGAGGUCUGUCUUUUCACUGUAAGGAUCAGUCAUGUUUCUACAUUCAU